UGUCGACCCAUCUAAUAUUUUAUUAGCACAACUAUAACAUCUAAUUCCCGAUAAAAUGAAGAAAUAGCAUAAAAAUGACUAAAUUUGACUUAUUUACUACCUUACUAAAAUCACUCAUAUACAUAUCUAUAAAAAUGAAGUUUGUACCGACGGAAAUAUUUCUAUAGCUUAUUUUUUCAUGUUCUUUAAAACUGUGUGAGUAACAUCGUGUACCUUACAUAAGGAUAUACAAUAUCAAAAAUAUAAAAAGAAUUUAUAAAAACUUACUUCAUAGAGAUUUUUUUUUAUAAUACAACUGUAAUAACUAGUUCUCAAGUAUAAUUAAUAAAUAAUUUAAAAUGGGCUAAAUUUACUUUGACCUUCUUCUAAAAAAAUGAUCCAUGUACGUAUAAAUAAUAGAUAAGUUUUGUCGUAACACAAUAAAAUAAAAAGAAUCGAAGUGUUUGAGCUAUUGGCUCAAAUUCCAACCUUAUUUUAUACUCUAGAUCUUUCCACUUGAUUUGGCCGACAGUGUUUUCUUCUAGAUUUUCAUAGAAGUGUAAAGCCGUACCUUCCAAGAAGGCUGGUAAAAACUGAACUUUUUCUUCAUCGCUCCAUUCUUUUAUGAUACUGGCCCUCUUGUAUGGCUUAAGAAACAGGUCUAUACUCUCGUGAACUUCUCCCCUAAACUGACCUGGCUAAAGAAUAGCUUUCUACGGUUCUUGUUGUCAUCACUAGCCAUGUUUUUGGUGUGUAAUACGGUAAAAGAUUUGUUAAGAUCUACAAAGAAAUCUUCCGGGUGCCACUGACUUUUUAUGUACCUAACCAAGCGGUCUCUCUUUUGCUCUAGAGUGCCGGCAGUGGUUAGUUUUCUCUUGUUUAGUUCAGAUAUGGCUUCGUCCGUAUUCAACUUAUGUGCCCAACCUGUCUUGUAAGAUAAACGUUCGUUUUCUUCUGACGGUGUUGGAUUAAGCACUAUGAGUGAUUUUGUGUAUUCUUCUUUGGCCAUCAAGUGUUGGAUAAGUUGGUUUAAUAAUAAUUUUUAUUAUACUAUAACAACAACCCUAACGUAAUAUAUACGUUACCUUUGUUGGGCGCCACUCUGUCGAAACACAAUAAAAUAAAAAGAAUCGAAGUGUAAAUGUAAUUGUGAUGCGAAGAUGAAUAUAAGGAUGUGAUGCCUGCUGUCUAGGUAUUCACGCGUGUGUUGUCGUACAGCAGUCACCGUGCUCGGCUGACACUCCGGGUUAGCUGUGGGUGUCGAAAGGCUGUUGUUAUAGAAAGGGAAUCAGGGUAACACCUAGAUAUGAAGUGCAGACGAAGUGCAAGACACAAAUACUUUGGGUAUAGGAGAGGACAAAGAACAGGGGUAGCCGAGUAUGAGGUGCAGACGAAGUGCAAGACACAAAUACUAGGCGUACCAGGUGAGGAAAAAUAACAGAGUACGAGGUGCAGACAAAGUGCAAGACACAAGUACUCUGAAAUGUUGUGGAAGAGAGUAGACAGGUUUAAAAAGGAAUAAACAAAGACUUUACUUUAAGCAGUAAGCCGGACAACGACAACCAAGUACUGAGACUGAUGAAUGACACAAGGCACUGGAGUCGACUGACGACGAUGGUCAGGUCUAUUGGGUUUUUAUAAUAAUUAGAAUUAUUGCCAAUUUGGCAAUAAAUAUUAUUUGUUAAUUCAUUAGUCUCAAGAAGCGGAUGUGCUGUCUGUAUUUUAUUAAAAUAAUUCUCACAAUAAUGGUAACGUGACACCAUCACAGUUUGUACCCUAGGGGACAUUUCUGUAGCUCACUUUUUCAUGUUUUUAAAGAGUGUGUGUGUACCUUAAUUAUCGAUGUACAAUAUCAAAAAAAUUAAAAAUAUUUUUAUAACAAAUUUCACUAUAAAAAUGUUUAUUAUAAUACUUUACAGUGGUUGAAAAAGAAAUGUACUACACAAAUUAUAUGUUGGAAAAACUAGACAGCACAGUACCAUUUAGACUGUUUUCAUUUAUGGAAUAUAUGUGUGAAAAUACUCAAAGUACACGUGAGGAAUUAAAACUUUACUUUGUUCCACCAAGCAAUGACAUAAAUGAUGUAUUAAUUCGAGAAAAAAUAAUUCGACAAAAUCUCACUCUAUAUUUUAUAAAUAAAGGAAAACCAAUAGAGGAACCUGAGAAUUAUAUUUAUUAUGAAGAUAUAAAAACAACUUUGCUCAAACAAUAUCAAAAUCGAUAUACAUUGAUGGAAAAAAUCUACAAUAUUUCAGAAGAUGAUAUUGUAGGAUUAAAAGAAAACACUUUAAUAAAUCGGCGUCUGAAACCCAAAGAUAAUGAAAAUUGUGUUAUUUAUGAAUAUUCAAUAGAUAAAUAAACUGAAUCAAUAAUUAUAUUACUAAA